UCUUUCAGCCGUCCUGGGCGAGGGGCGCUAGCCAUUGAGCUGCUCGAGAAUAAAGGGCGUGGAUGUCUUCUGCGCGCGCGCCCAACUGGCAGUCCGGGCGGGGCGAAUACUGCAGUGAGCGCCGAUUGGCUGUAGUCUAAACGCGAGGCGUUGGUGCAGCGAAUCGGUCCCCCUAGCGGCCGCACUGAUACGCGGAAGGGUACUAUGGCGGUCGCUUAUGUGGAUCCGGCUGAAGAGGGGCCAGAAGCAUCUCUGUUGAGCCCCAAUGGUGAAAGCGACAGAUCUCGUGAUGAUACCAUGGAAAGUUUACAGCAUUAUAGUAGCCGAUGGAGGUCCAUUCGGAUAAUGUACCUUACUAUGUUCUUCAGUAGUGUUGGCUUUUCAAUAGUCAUUAUGUCAAUAUGGCCCUAUCUUCAACAGGUAGAUAAAACUGCAGAUGCAAGUUUCCUGGGAUGGAUUAUUGCUUCCUACAGCAUUGGUCAAAUGAUAGCUUCCCCAUUCUUUGGAGUAUGGUCCAAUUAUAGGCCAAGAAGAGAACCUCUUGUAGUUUCAAUUAGUAUUUCAGUGGCUGCUAACUGUCUCUAUGCCUAUGUCCAUUUACCUACUUCACACAACAAAUACUACAUGGUGGUUGCUCGAGCUCUGGUGGGGUUUGGUGCAGGAAAUGUAGCAGUAGUUCGAUCCUAUGUCUCUGGUGCUACUUCUCUAACAGAAAGAACUGGUGCCAUGGCAAACACUAGCGCUUGUCAAGCAGUGGGAUUCAUCCUGGGACCAGUUUUUCAGACCCUCUUUACUCUCAUUGGAGAAAAAGGAGUCACAUGGAAAUUAAUUAAACUGCAAGUGAACAUGUAUACAGCACCAGUUUUGUUUGGAGCUUUCUUAGGAAUUAUUAACAUUGUUCUAAUAUUUGCUGUGUUUAGGGAACAUCAAGUGGAUGAUAUAGGAAAGUCUUACAGAAGCAUAAAUUGUGAAGCAGAAGAAAAUGUUGAGCCCAGGGAUGAUCAUCAGGGAAGUGUUGACCUCGUGGCUGUUGUAUCAGCAAACAUUCUUUUCUUUGUCAUAUUAUUUAUUUUUGCUGUUUUUGAAACCAUAGCUGCACCGCUAACAAUGGAUAUGUAUUCCUGGACCAGAAAAAAAGCAGUGUUUAUCAAUGGACUUAUCCUUGGAGCUAUUGGCAUUGAAUCAGUCUUUGCAUUUUUAGGAGUUAACAUACUUUCCAAAAAGACUGGUGAACGUGCCAUACUCUAUGGAGGCCUUGUUAUUAUACUGAUUGGAUUCUUUAUCUUAUUACCUUGGGGAAAUAAGCUGCCUAAUAUCCAGUGGGAAGAGAUAAAGAAUAAUUCUAGUACAACAUCCUUCAGUAGAAGCCUCACAUCUUUCUGGAAAGUACAAAUGCAGUUUCCAUCAAAUAAUAGUACUGAAGCAACAGGAUGCCCCAUUGUUCAGUCCUGGUGUCUGUAUACUCCAGUGAUCUACUUGGGCCAGUACAUUACUGCAGACAUUCUAAUAGGACUUGGUUACCCAGUCUGUAAUGUUAUGUCAUAUACUUUAUAUUCAAAAAUCUUAGGACCAAGGCCUCAGGGAAUCUACAUGGGCUGGUUAACUGCCUGUGGAAGUGGUGCACGCAUCCUUGGACCAGUGUUUGUCAGCCAGCUCUACACCCACUUGGGACCUCGCUGGGCAUUCAGCCUAAUCUGUGGAAUUGUUAUUCUCUCUCUCAUACUCUUGGAAAUGGUGUAUAAGAGACUUGUUCCAUUUGCUGUCAGAUAUGAGAGACUCCAAGAGCAUAGCUGAAAUGGCUGACCAGUCUUUUAUUGCCCUUAUCAGGGAACUCUAGUACUGCACCUGUGACUGACCGGUGGUUCAAAUGUACAACUACUAAUUAAGUCUAUUAACCAAGUGGAUCAUUAGGAUAUAACACUGGACAUGAUAAGCUGUGAUCAUAGAGGAUAAAGAACCUUUGGAUGUUCUGAGAGAUAUUGACCUGCAGUUACCUUGACUAUCAGAAAGGAAGAAUAACUCUUGGACUAUUUUAAAUUGCCAAACAAGGUACAUACAGCAGUUAAAACCUUGUAUUGGGGGAAGCAGUUCUUACAUUCAGGGUCAGCUUCCUUUUGGGUAAAUAUGGUACUGUAGGAUACUUUCAUGUUGUCCUGAUUCUGUGAAUCAGAUCAUACUGAAAAUGCCUUUCAUUCUGAAAGUGAAAGAGCUGUUAUGCACUUUUGUAAUCACCUACCUCUUCUUCAUGACAAAUGUUUUCUACCUUUUAGUAUAGCAGGCUUUGCUAUUGUACAUGAAAUCUUGAAUAAAGUACCUGCUGCUUAUCUUAAUCAUCUAUAUCAUAUACAAAAUAAACAGUUGAAGUAGGAGUUAUGUUUUAUCUUGCGUUCUUACAGAAUUGUUAUGUAGUAAAUCUUUCAAGCUGAACUUA